AUGAACGCGUCGGGGCGGCUGCCGGCGGGGGGCGAGGAGGAGCCCCCCUCCGCCGCGCUGCUGCCACUGGGCGGGAACGGCAGCGCCGCCGCGGGGCUGCGGGAGGGCACCCACACCGCCACCCUGGCGGCCUGCGCCUCGCUGCUGGCCCUCGUUUUCUGCCUGGGCUCCUACGGCAACCUCAUCGUCUUCUUGUCCUUCUUCGACCCGGCCCUCAGGAAAUUCAGGACCAACUUCGACUUCAUGAUCCUCAACCUCUCCUUCUGCGACCUGUUCAUCUGCGGGGUGGCCGCCCCCAUGUUCGCCUUCGUUCUCUUCUUCGACCCGGCCCGAGGCGUGCCGGCCGCCUUCUGCUUUGCCUUCCACCUCACCAGCUCCGGCUUCAUCAUCAUGUCUCUGAAGACGGUGGCGGUGAUCGCCCUGCACCGCCUGCGCAUGGUGCUGGGCAAGCAGCCGCACCGCGCCGCACCAUUCCCCUGCACGCUGCUGCUCGCCGCGCUGCUCUGGGCCGCCAGCUUCACCCUGGCCACCAUGGCCACCUUGAGAACCCGUGGCUCCCGGCUCUGCCUGCCCAUGUCCAGCUUCGCCCGCGGGGAUGGGAAGGUCAUCCUUUACCUCUACGUCACCGACUUCAUCUGCUGUGUGGCCGUGGUGUCUGUCUCCUACGUCAUGAUCGCCCAGGCCCUGCGGAGGAACGCGCAGGUGAGGAAGUGCCCGCCUGCGGUGGCCGUGGGCGCCUCUGGACCCCAGCCCUUCGUGGGGCCGCCGGCCGCUGGGGCCGGGCAGAACGCCUUGCCCGCCCUGUACAGGAACUGGGGCUCCGGCAAGCCGCAGCACGGCCAGGCUCACAGCUACGCGAUGCACCUGGGCCAGCCGUCAGCCACCGGCCGGCUGCAGCUCAUGCCGGCUGUCAACCUGUCCGCAGCCAAAGAUUCCAGGGCGGUGGUGACGUGUGUUGUCAUCGUGCUCUCCGUCUUGGUGUGCUGCCUGCCCCUGGGUAUCUCUUUGGUGCAGGACAUGCUGUCCGGCAGCGGCAGCUUUGUGCUCUAUCAGUUUGAGCUGUGUGGAUUUACCCUCAUUUUUUUCAAAUCUGGGUUAAACCCUUUUAUAUAUUCCCGCAACAGCGCCGGACUUCGGAGACGAGCCCUGUGGUGCCUGCAGUACCUAUCCCUUGUCUUUUUCUGCUGCAAGCAGAAGACGAGGCUUCGAGCCAUGGGCAAAGGCAGCCUGGAAGUCAACAGGAACAAGUCGUCCCACCAUGAGACCAAUUCAGCGUACGUGUUGUCUCCUAAGCCUCAGAAAAAGUUUGUGGACCAAGCUUGCGGUCCCAGUCAUUCCAAGGAGAGCGUGCUGAGUCCCAAGGCAUCCUACGGACAUCAGCACUAUGGGCAGAGCAGCUCAACCCCCAUGAACACUCGCAUCGAGCCCUAUUACAGUAUCUACAACAGCAGCCCUUCCCAGGAGGCGAGCACCCCGAAUAGCUUGCAGCCGGUGAACUCAACUUUUGGCUUCACCAAAUCCUACAUUGCCAUGCACUACCACACCACCACCGACCUGGUGCAAGACUGUGGCAGCGCUUCGACCAAGCCGAUACCCGUACCCUCAGUGUAACCUUGAGAAAGCAGGUCUGAUCUAGCUCAUUUAGGGGAUGCCCAUCACUGUUGGAGUUCUAAACUCAAUGGUAUUGCUGUACUGCUCCCAGCUUAAAAAAACCAAAACAGUAGUGUUAACAUCCGGCUACAUGCAUUUGAAGUGAAUACUAGAAAAUUACUUCCGUGGCUUUUUCUUGAAUUUCUCUGUCAAAUCAGAAAGGGCAACAUUUUAGGCUUGGAUUUCGAAUUGUUACUCGAUGACAUCUGAUUGAUUACAUUAUGAGGCAAAAUAUCUCAGAGAACAAUCUGAGGCUGCGCCAGGAGUGUUGUCUGUUGAAGUGCAUACUUGCCAUAUUUUCAGGAAGGAAGAGUUGGGAGGAUGCUUGGUAAUGCUCUGGUUUAAAUUUCCAUUUGCUGAAGGUCACAAGGAUUGGUGGUGUUUUGAUGUAGCAAGUGUCAGCAGCACCGAAAUCUCUGUGAAUUUCAGCUUCCUGGAGCAAGAGGGUUUGACAGACAGUGAUGUAUUGCCACCAGGAGGGGACUGGGGAGAAGAGUUGUGGUGCCAUAAUGAACCUCUGAAGUAUACGUACUGAUUUCCACUGUACAUUUAUUGUAAGGAUUGGUGCCAUUGUAUAUCCCAAAAUAAUGCAUUCAGCCAAGUGCUUUUCAUCUGAUAGAAAUAACUGCCCAGUAUGAAUUAUAGGUUUUAUUUGAGGAUAGGGCUGAAUAUUGCAGUAUUACAGAACUGCCUCCUGUUAAUAAUGCAGUCACUUCUGGAAUAUUCUAAUCUGUUCUGGUGUUGCUGGUAGCUCUUUGUCUGUGGUUUUAUUUAAGAGUGGGAAGUAGAGGAGUUUGGCCGAGACAUUCCUGAGAGCUAUGAACAACUUUUAGAGCAAGAGUACCAAGUUGUUGGAGGAGCCAGGCCACUACAAGGCUUUGGCCUCGUCCUGCGAUGUCAGUUUGAUUUGAAGUUUAAUAUGUCUACUGAUACUCUUUAUCUGGUGGUUCACACUGUGAGCAAACAACUGAAGUAUUUUUUAUAAAUCCACCCACUGGUGUCGUGCAGUGUGUUGUGGGACCUCCUUGUCAACUGGAAUCAUCUGCAGGCGUUUAAAUUCCGGACAGUCACUGCUUUGAGCAGACAGAUCUUUUCCAAGCAAGCAGUCGCCCCUCAGCUGCUGUUGGCUUCAGGAGAGCUGUGGUAUCUCCAGAGCGACCGUGCCAAGAGUUCUGGUGCCAGUGGUGGGAGAAUGGCAGCCCUUCAACAAAAUGGUCGCGAUGGGAAGAUGAACCGUUCGCCUCAUUGCUGCGUGUGCCAACCACAACAUUUUAAGAAAUGCUAGUAAUAGCUGAAGAAAAUCAAGCGCCCAGAAAUGAAAGGCUGUUCAGCAGGGCUCGGGUCUCAGCCCUCUGGAUAACAACACAGCAGGCUUUGCAGAAGGAAGAAGAAAAAGAGAAAACUGGCUCCGAAGAUGAAAUGGGUGGAUUUGGAUGUGGCAUCCUGCACCAGGAGAGGUCACUGCCUGCCGACCCACUCAUCUCUGAAGACUUCCCUGAGCCUGGUAAGGUCGCCGCUCGGCUCCUCUCCUGCCCCACGUCUUUCUUGGAGUUUGCUCACACUGGAUCAUGCGCUUCCAUGUCUUCUAUUUGUUAUGUGGAAAUGUGCACCAUUAGCAGAGUGAUCGAGCCUUAUCAUAGCCCCUUUUAGCCGCCAUCACAGCUACCAGGCCAGGAUCCUCACAUUUGACUGAGAAGAAGAAAGCAGAGGGAAGGCAAAGCCCUUCCAGAUAUGCCCUCAGUCCUCAACCAGCCCCAAGACCAGAACCAGGAUCAGUCCCACUAAACACCCCACACCAGUAAGCCACCCCCAAGAUGUCAAAGCCUUGCACAGCACCUACAGAUGAGAGACAGUUAGAGCCUACCUCGUGUUUCUAGUGCCCACUCUCCUCACAGCCCUGCUGCAGCCUCCAGAACUGCCCGGUCCCACUGCUGCUUUUGUAGUGCUGCCAGUGGGGUGGCACAGGCUGUGGCAUGAGUGUGGCAGGGUUCUCCUUCUCACAGCAAGAAACCUUCCUGCCAAUGGGAGCCCAUUGCUUCUGGGGGAAAUGGAGCGUGGGAGCUGCUUGAUUUAAGGUUUAGAGGUCGCUCUCAACGACCUGCUCCCAAGGUAUUCUCUGGGAUUUUUGCUGCCGUGCUGCAGUUAUGAUAAAGAUAGAAAGGAGAACCAAGAGAAUACUCUGUAAUGGAUGUCCCACUGUACUGUUCUCAGCCUUUCUGGAGGGGGAAGAAAAAAUAAGUGUCAUUGGACUUACAUUUGGAAAUGGGAGAGCUGGUCACGCUGCUGCUGGAAGCCUCGCUUCUGUCUGAGCAGGGAAAAGAACAGGAGAUUUUCUUCUUGUCUGUAGUGCUGCCUUUAAAGAUGUGCUCUGCUUACAGCUCGCUCAGGUUCAGGAUGUUGGUGGAGUCAACAGAUUGCACAAGGCACUGAGUGCUGUCAUUUGCUCUGCUUCUUCUAAAAAAACCUAAUGAUGUUUCCACUCUUUUGUAACCAUCAGUGACUGGAAAUUCUUAUGAUAGCCCUGAGGCUCCCUGUCUGAACCUGAGGGACCGGAAAACCCCAGGGUUGUUUGCAUCCCCUUUCUAAUCAGACCAGCACUUUCCUCCCCAGCCAGACUGUGGGAAUUGCCCUGAAGCCGUGCCUUGCCCAAACAGAUCCCUCCCUGCUUUAGCAGGAGACAGGAAAUCAAGAGCGUUUUGGACGUCAGAACUGAACCUGCAGUGACCCCCUGUAGAUAGCUGCGUCUCCCUGGUGAGCCUUCCUUCCUUGACCAGAAAGGAGCCACUCAAUUCUUGAAACUCACUCUGUAGCCCCCUCCUUUGAGAAGAUGGACCGGCUGUGUUCCAGCACAGGACUGUUUUGGGGAUUGUGGAGGAACAGCAGCACACAAGAAAGCCCUGUGUGAGUGAUGAGGCAAAAUGCAAGUGUGGCCGAAGGCAGAACUGAGGCAGAUUUGGGGAGUCCAAGUAUUAGUGUUGUAAUGUUAAUGUUAAAAUAAUACCCCGUGUUUCUGUACCACUUGAGAAAACUGUUUCCAAGCCUGAUUGUCUUAUUUUGACCCUUGAGCUAGGUGAGACUUUGCAGGGGCUGUUUUGCCUCACACAUUGAGCCACUGCAUCCUUUCAGCUGUAUCUAGCUGUGCUGGUGUCUUACAUAAAUAAUCUCUCUGCUUCUUGUUUCAGUCAUGCAGAUAAUUAUUUGUGAGUUUGAAUGGCAGUUAGGAAUUAGCUCUAAAAGGAAUCCCUAUUGUCUGAAGGCUCAGGGCUGCUGUGUUUGAGCACUCUUUGAGUAGAGAUGGAAGAUCAUUCAUCAUAUGACUCUUACUUUCUACAUAAAAUUCCAAUUCCAUCUCCUGAUGGCUUUUUAGCAGGUCCUAGCAGGAAGUGAGUGACUCUGUGCUACAUGGGUUGGGUUUUGUAGGAGUUCACCAGUUUCUGACUCAUAAGUGAGUUUGAAGCAUUCUUGUACUGAUAAGCUGGGGAGAGGGGAACGUCAUUAGGUGCUUAUUGCUGAUGAUCUUUUUUUGUGUGGAUGGAUCUAGUAUUCUGGGGCAUAAAACAGUUCAUUCUUUGAGCUCUUCUCAUUGAAAUAAAUACCUUCAAUAAGCGGCAUGUUUCACUUUCACAGAUCUACUUUCCUUUGAUGUAAUUCCCUUUGACUAAUUGCAGAUUACGUAGGUGUAAUUACUGCUGUCUGCUGUUUGAGUUAUUUUCCACACUGGUGAUUCUUACAUGAGGAAGGAAUCAAAUGCCUUUCAGGCUGAGGUGCAAACCUGCAUACCAUCACAGGCAUAAAUCUAAGCAGAUCGGCCCCUGAACCCACAGAGCUCCAGUUCCACUUUGUGCUUUCUGCACACCCAAGGAAGCUCAUUUUUCCCUCUUUUUGGUUCUGAGAGGCUUCCACAUCCUAGGGCCUGCU